AUGAACGGAAUCAAGGACCUGGGCCUGGGCUUCUCCAAAGCCUCGACGCGCUUGCAUUUCUUUAGUCUGUUGCUUGCUCUUGGCUCAUUUGUCUGGGGAUACAACGUUGGCGUUCUCGCCUCGGUCCUCGCCCAUCCAGGCUUCCGCGAGACCAUCCCUGACUAUGGUCCGUAUAGGCGCGGCCUCAUCACAGCCAUCUACUACCUUGGCACAUGGCUGAGUUACGUCUUCUUCUCCCGUCCCGCGACGGAUCUGCUCGGCCGUCGCUAUGCUGCCAUGGUGGGCAUGUCCGUGUUAUGCGUAGGCCAGGCACUUCAGGCUGCUGCGUCUGGGUCGGUGGCUCUUAGUAUGGUGAUAUCUGGACGGGUUGUUUCUGGCUUGGGCACCGGUAUUGUCUCGACGAGUGUGCCAUUGUAUCAAAGUGAAAUUGCCCCGGCCCAACAGCGAGGCAGACUUGUUGUUUUGAACCAUGUCGGGUUUGUCGCUGGACUUGCCUCUGGCUUCUGGGUCGGCUACGCCAUAACCUUCUGGAACGACUCACACGGCUACCUCAGCGGAUGGCGCCUGUCCGUCUCCCUCUCCUUCAUCCCCGCCCUCUUCUUCUUCGUCGGCCUCCCCUUCCUGUACGAGUCUCCGCGGUGGCUCGUCGAGCACGGCCGCCCUGACGAAGCCCUCAAAGCCCUGCAGUUCUACCGCGAAGGAUCCUUCACCCCUUCGCAAAUCCAGAGCGAACUGACAGACAUCAAGCGCAAUGUGUCCGCCUACCAGGCCACUGGCCUAAAGAAAUGGACCUCCCUUUUCACCAACCCCAGCUUGUUCUCGCGCCUGUGGCGAGCUGCACUGCUCCAUUUCAUGGCGCAGAUGUGCGGCGCUACGGCCAUGAAGUAUUAUCUGCCGGAACUGUUUAGGGUGCUGGGACUGAGCCCGCGCGUGUCGCUGCUGGCGGGCGGGAUCGAGAGCACCCUGAAGAUUGGGUGUACGGUGUUGGAGAUGUUUGUUAUUGAUAAGGUGGGGAGGAGGGUGACACUGGCUGUUGGGGCGGGGAUUAUGGCUUUUGCAUUGUUGAUCAACGGCGCCCUCCCCCUCGCUUACCCCAACAACACCAACCGCGCCUCAGACUACACCUGCGUCGUCUUCAUCUUCAUCUACUCGCUUGGCUACAGCAUGGGUUUCGGCCCGGCGGCUUGGGUCUACGGGUCUGAGAUCUUCCCCACUGCCGCUCGCGCGCGUGGGUUGAGCUUCGCUGCUUCUGGUGGCGCGGUCGGGUCAAUUAUUGUUUCCCAACUGUGGCCUAUCGGGAUUGCAGAGCUUGGCUCGAAGAUUUACUUCUUCUUCAUGGCGGUGAAUUUGGCUUGCGUACCGAUUAUCUUCUUGCUCUAUCCUGAAACCAAGGGACGUCCGCUGGAGGAUAUGGAGGUGCUGUUUGGCGGGUAUGAGGGUGGAACUCUGUCAACUACGUCUUUGCUUUUGGCUGAUGACAGGGAAGAUGGGAACGGGGAGGAUGAGGAGAAUGAAAUACUGGGUAGGCCGUUGCUUGGUGAUGGAAGGGGCAUGGCAAGGUAG